CUUUGUUUUGGAAUUGAAUCGAUUAGAUAUGGGAAGAAAUCCGCUCUCUAAAUGAUGAUCUAUCUUUUCAGAAUUGAUCGGAGCGCGUGACAGCAAUGUGGAUAAAACCCGAAGAAGUUCUUUUGGCAAAUGCUCUUUGGGUGAUUGAGAGAGCAAACCCUUACUUUGUGCUUCAACGACGAAAAGGCCACGGUGGAGGUGGUUUGACUUCACUUCUGAUCGGAACUUUAGACAAUGUUCUCGACACGAAGCCUGCUCCAUUUCGCAUACUUUUACAACUGCCAAGCUCCGACAUAAGUUAUGUGAUUGCAAGUGCAGCAUCAUUCCAAGAGAUUGAGGAGGACUGGAACUGGCUAGCAAAACAUUUGCUUGGGACAUUAGAAACUAUUGAAAGUGAAGAUGACAUCAGAGAGUUUGUGAAGGCAAAGAUUGAAAGUCUGGUGGCUAAUGAAACAGCAGAUCAAGACAUUGUAGCAGAAACAGAAACCAACAGAUUUAAGUCAGCUGCAGUGAGAUUUCAUAGGAUCUUUAACAUCCCAGCUGAGGAAAAACUGGUUAACUACUAUUCUUGUAGCUUCUGGAAAGGCAGAGUUCCUCGUCAGGGUUGGCUGUAUUUAUCUGUUAACUACAUGUGCUUUUAUUCAUUUUUGAUGGGAAAAGAGGCCAGGCUUGUCAUCAGAUGGUUGGAUGUUGUGUCUCUAGAGAGAAGCAGUAGUGUCCUGUUUACUGAUGGAGUCAAAGUCACAACAAGAGAAGGAGAGUUCUGUUUCUCGUUGUUGCUUCACAUAACAGAAACAUUUGGUCUCAUGGAGCAGCUGGCUAAUCUAGCCAUGCGACAGUUGCUAUCAGAAGAAGGUUAUGAAGAAGACAAAACAUUGCCUUUACUCACAAAAAACAGAGGCAAACAAUUGAAAAAGGUACCAUCUCUGAAGAGAGACUUAGAUGCCAGAGCACACAGUGAAUUUUACAGAAACUUGUUUCGGCUGCCUGUAGAGGAGAAGCUUGAUGGUCACUGUGAAUGCACCCUGUGGAGUCCUCAUGAAAAGGCUCAUGAAUGGGGAACAUUGUACUGUUCUCCAAACUACCUCUGCUUUAGCAGCAAGGUCAGACAGUUAAUGUCGGUGGUGAUUCCAAUGAGAGAAAUUACACUGGUUGAAAAAGUGGAAACUUCAGCAAUAAUACCAAAUGCAGUGCACAUCACAACCAAAUCAAAGGCCAGCUUUUUGUUUGCAUCUCUGCAAGAUCGAGACUAUCUGACAAGACUAAUUUCUGACUUCUUAGCAAAGACUCCAGAGCCAAAAUCUAGUGACAAAGGAGACUGGGACUUCCAAGGAAGUGUGACGAAGGCAACAUUCCAGCCGCCUCUCACCACAGUUUUCUCCAACACACCCGCUGCACAUGUGAAUGCCAAGGAGACUAUCAAAGAACAUUUGUGGCGGUUGCAUUUUGCAGACUACGGAAGGGGUGUCUGUAUGUAUCGCACUGUCAAGACCCAGGAUUUGAUACUCAAAGGCGUUCCUGACAGUCUGAGGGCGGAAGUAUGGCUAAUAUUCUCUGGUGCUAUCAAUCAGAUUCAAACUCACCCUGGUUACUAUGCCACACUGGUGGAGGAGUGCGAGGGAAAAACCACUUUGGCAACGGAGGAGAUCGAAAGAGAUCUACACAGGUCACUUCCUGAACACCCUGCCUUCCAGUCUGAAGUAGGAAUAGCAGCUUUGCGGAGAGUUCUGACAUCUUACGCCUGGAGAAACCCAAGCAUAGGGUAUUGUCAAGCCAUGAAUAUUGUAGCAUCAGUGCUGUUGUUAUACUGCACAGAAGAAGAAGCUUUCUGGUUGUUAGUGGCGGUUUGUGAGCGUCUUUUGCCAGAUUACUAUAACACAAGAGUUGUUGGAGCUCUUGUUGAUCAAGGAGUGUUCGAGGACCUUACCCGUGAUCACUUGCCAGAGUUGUAUGAUCACCUGAUGGAACUUGGAAUUCUUAACAUGAUCUCUCUGUCUUGGUUUCUUACACUCUUCCUCAGUGUCAUGCCAUUUACCAGUGCUGUCAGCAUCAUAGAUUGCUUUUUCUAUGACGGUACCAAGGUACUGUUUCAGAUUGCCUUGGCUACACUUGACGCAAACAGAAACAAACUUUUAGCUGUCCGAGACGAUGGUGAGGCAAUGACGGUAUUAGGGAAUUACCUGGAGCACGUGACCAACAGGGACGCGACCACGCUGACCAAUUACCAAGGAGGUUACAACAAAAACAAUGGAUCGCCUUCCUCUGGGUACCACAGCACAGUGGAUGUAGCCAACCUUAUUUUGGAAUCAUAUCAGAAGUUUGGCUUCAUCACAGCAGAGACCAUUGACUCCAUGAGAAAUGCACAGAGACUAAAAGUUGUUCAGGGCCUCGAGGACAGUAUGAGAAGAAAUGCUGUGAGAUCCAUGGGAGUGGAAACCUGUCUGUUUGAGCAAAAGGAACUGGAACAAUUGUAUGCUGUUUUCAAGGCAGGACACAUUCUGACGCGUAAUCAUGGCAACCCGGAGAGUAAGGAUACUCCGCCCCAGUUUCCGCUCAUACAGAAUCAGUGUAUCGACUGCGAGAGAUUCGCGCCUCUAUUUAAGUGCCUUACGAACUGGGGGACUGGGGAGAUUGGUCCUAUCUUGACUCAGCGAGCAUUCAAGGUGAUUGAUCGAGAUGAAGACGGACUCAUUAGUUUCCGCGAGUUUGCGCAAGGGCUGGGUAUUAUCUGUAAGGGUGAACUCCAAGAUCGUAUGCAGUUCAUGUACCGCAUGCACGUCCCUCCCGCCCUGAGCGACGACGACACUGCGCAAGUUAGCGAUGAAGAGUCAGUAGACAGCUGUGAUGAGCUUACUGAAGGUGAAAGUGUUGAGGACAUGACGACGCAGUCAGUUGAUCAGCUCCCGCCACUUGAUGAGUGCGUCUCGAGGGUUCGCACUAAAGAGGAGUCACCCGUGAGUGUUUCGUUGAAAACAGUCGCACGAAGUCAUAGAACUCUGACUGAUGAAGACAGUGAAAAGAGAGGCAGUGAAAUACCACGAAUGAGUCAGGGAAAUUUUAUUUUGUUGUGGAAAACUAUGUACUCGCUCUUCCGUGAGCUGCCAAAUGAACAACAGAUGUAUCAAGCCAUUGCAUCAGUAGGCAACAUUUUGCUUAAGCUGGGGGAAUUUGGAGGAGAGUUGAACACUAGUGGAGACAAAACCACUGGUCAGCAGUCCAAGAGCGAUGAUCUGGACCGGUUCAUGGACCCACUUCACGUAGCAGAAUUUGAAACAUCGACAUCAAACACGGAAGAUGUGUUAAGUACACCUAGCGAAAUAACUGUAACGUCAGAACUUGAAUCGUCGACUUUAGUAAAGGAAGAACUGAUUGAUGCCGCCAGGAGCAGUGAAUCUUCGCUCAGUAGUCCUGUGAGAAGUGCAGCGGGAGAUGACUUUAUUCUCGUGGGCAGCGACGAGGGGUUUAGUACACCUGAAGCUGUAACGUGCGAAGAGAAUGACACUCAAGAUACUUUACACGAGGUUUAUAACAAACUGAGUCAUAGUGAUCCCCUUUCGACAGGUGAAAACUCUAAUCAAAGUAGAAAUUCUAAUGAAAAAGACUUCAAAGAAUUGCUUGUUGUCAAAGAAGGCCACUACCCCGAAAGCAUUUUUGAUGAACGUAAAGGCCCAUCAAAUGACAGCUCUUCUUCCGGGACGGCAAUUGGAAACCAAUCACUCCACAGACAUUCAUCCGGGACAUUAGAUACAGACGAAUCAAAUGACAGACCGUUGUCAGGUGCGUUAGAUACUGACCAGUCAAACGAUAGACUUUCGCCCGGUGCCAUCGACCUUCAUUGGUCGAUUUGUUUUGAACAAUUACUGGCUUCUAUGUCCACUGAGCCUUAUCUUGUCCAUUAUUUUGACGAGACUGUUGACGUCGUUCAACGCCUUAAGAAAAUGAAAACGGAAGGAAUCGGAAGCUUCGUAAACGCUUCAAGGACGAACUUGAAUUCAGCAGAAUAGAGAGCUAUUUGUGGGUGCACUUACAGUAUAUCUGCUUAAGUUCCGUGAAAUAUUUUUCAAAAAUAUUUGUAAGUAUAUAACAGAGUGAAAUUAGAAAUUAUUCAAGGAAACGUUUAUUACAUAAGGUGAGUGUAAGUACACUGGUUGUCUAGAGAGAGAAAUGUACAUCUUACUAUAUGGGUUAGACGGUCACAUUGAAGCUUGAUCAACAGUUUCUUCGUAGAAUUUUGCUAUUUUGAAAUUAGAUUUAUUGGUCGUUGCAAUAUCGCGAUUUUUCGAUGCAGGAUCAUUGUGAAAAUCAAGGCUAAUGGUAACUAUGAUUUCUAAUAAGACCAGUCUGGCAUCAGUCAUGAAAUAGGACGAAUAAGGCGGUUUAGUCAAUGUCAACAGUCCUGUGAAUUAUUUCUCAGUAGGAACAAUUGGCAGGGCUUUAUCGCGCAGAUUGUUCUGGGUUGGGUUGCUUCAAGAGUGACUGGCCACAUCUAAGGAAUUAAGCGUCUAAUUUGUGUAUUUAAAAUGAUGCUCAGGCAUGAUAAAGGACAGCUAUCGGGCGCAAAACACAUUAUUGUUUGUGUGUGUGUUUCAUUCCUUCAUCAAUGAGGUCUUUGUGGCUGCCGAACGAUGCGAGACACUCGCACCAUUUCGUUUCCAAAUCAGUUUCGCUCACCAAAAUGUUCCUAUAAUGCAUUUUUUGACUGAUUGCCUUACAGCCAAGUUAUCACAUUGGCCAAUUAGACCUAAGGGAAAUAUCUCAAAAAGCCAAUGGCAUCUGAAAGUAAAAUGAACCGAACUACUGACGCGCGGGAAAACGCGAGCGACCAAUUCGCGAUUGGUUUUGGUCUAACAUCUGAUUGGUUAAGAGACGGGCGCGAGUUUGCCCAACACAGAGCCUCCUAGUGAAAACCAACGCACCCUGGAUUGCUUGCUAAAGUUGGUCUAACGUGAAAUCAUUGUUCCAUGAUUUGAGGAGGUGAUGUGAUCAGGACUUUUUUAUAACGGUGCAAAUACUUCAACCAUAUACAGCCGAUACUACCGACGAAAAAGACUAAAAAAUCAAAACAAAACAACCACAACCACAACCAAAGCAAAAAAAAAAAACACAAGUAAAGAAUUCAUCUUAUUUCUUUCAUUAAAUUCAACUAUCCCAUAAACCAUUUAAAGUCUGUUUUAGUUGUUGUCUUCUCCUUUGGACGGAAGUCGUUCCACUGUGAGUCCUUUCCAGUAAAUACAGUUUGAAUAUAACAUUCUUAUUAUUUUUGAAAUGUACUUAAAUAAAUUUGCUUUGUCAGAGGUGCUAGGAAAAAUACACUAAUUAAGCGAGUAAUCGAGGAAAGAGGCAAAUUGGGUGCUAAGAUUUGUUACAAUUAUCAUUAAUUUGAUAUUUAUGAUAGUUUCAAAUUAAACUAAUUAAUGGGAUUGACAAUUAAAGGGCGUGUAUCUUACGUGCUGGUGUAAUUUGUUCAUGAUCCCAAUGUUUAACUAAGCGCGAUGUGAUUUUGUUUAACACACUGGAGUAGUAGUGUCCAAAAUAGCUGGCAAGUUUUCCUUAAUCUCAGAAAGAAAUAAAGGUCCUAAACUUGUUAUCAAGCCUUUUAA